AGCAUGGAGAAACCCAUCAUCAAGAAACCAAAGAGACUCUUUUGGCACAGGCACUUCCUGUGGCUCGUCUUCAUGGCCAUGGUCUUCAUUGUGCUGCUGGAUUAUGUGUUGUUCCACCUGCAGGACAUAAAUCAAGACCUUCUUGUGGACGCCCUGCCCAGGGUACUGAGCAGGGGCACCUUGAAGAGGCUGAGGGACAUCUUAUUUCCCUUCCUCACUCUCGAGGUGGAAGAAGCUCUACCACACAAGUUGGGGUGUGCUCCACACUCCAGCACUGUGGCCCCAUGUUGGAGGGGGCAGGAAGGAAUUAGAAACCUUAGACUUGGAGUUGCACUUUGA